AUGGACGACGAACUCGAGGGACACUUCCAGGCACUCCGCUCUGUCUAUAAACGCAGCAACGCAACAGUCGCAUCGCCAGAGCUACCAGAGUCGGAGAUUGUCCACAUCGAUAUUUAUCAAGACCCGACUGGCAAGGACAUUAUCCUGUGGGAAGAAAUAUUGGGCGCGUUCAAGGGCGCCGACAAUGUUCGACACAAGACUAGGAGCUCGCAGUACGGCUCUGAAGACGUUGCUUUCUAUACGUCCAAGGACUUUGAUCUCCCAACGACCGAGCCUACACCUCAGACAACGCCGAAUGACGUCAUUGGGGGGUCUCAGCUUCACAGCCACUCUUCUAUCACACAUCCUUCUGUCGACACCAACAACCACUCUUCGGUGGUAGCCAACACACUCGAGUCCGCUUCGCCCGAUGCCGACCGCAUCGCUGACCUCAUCGCAAAGACCGACCGCGGUGACAUGGACGCCCAGGUCGAGCUCGGAGAUGCAUAUGAGACUGGCAAAGGGUUGACCAUGGACCAUACCAGCGCUAUGAAGUACUUCCGCAAAGCAGCGAAUCGAGGACAUGCCAUGGCCCAGUGCAGGAUGGGGCUCCUGUACCUGCACGGUCGAGGUGUUGGACAGAAUCAUGCCAAGGCUACCGAAUGGUUCCGAAUGGCCGCCGGUCAGGACCUCCCUCAAGCUCAAUGUCAACUUGGACUGAUGGAAUCUGACAGGUGGAAUUAUUCUUCCGCCAUGACCUAUUUCCUCAAGGCUGCAAAACAUGGGCACGCGGAGUCCGAAGUUCACAUUGCGAUGUUGUUCAUGACAGGACAAGGGGUUUUGAAGGAUUACGGGGAGGCGAUCGAGUGGCUUCGGAAGGCGAUGGAGGAUGAUCCUGGAUACGACGUCGCGCCGUUCGAGAUGGGGAUGAUGUACUACCAGGGUCGAGGUGUUCCCUUGGAUUUCCCUAAGGCGGAAGAAUUGUUCGUCAAGGCUGGCAACCUCGGGAAUGUGGACGCCAGGAGGAGCCUCGGUGUCAUGUACAGGAACGGUCAACAGGGUGUUGCCCGAGACUUUGUUCGGGCGAUGGAGUGGCUCCACAAGGCUGCCGAUCAGAAUGACAUGGUGUCGCAGUUUACUCUUGGUGUUAUGUACGACAAUGGCGAAGGGGUCGUGCGGGACUCGUCGAAGGCGAUGGAGUGGUAUCUUAGGGCGGCGGAUCGACCACAUGUCGAAGCCUAUUUUUGCAUUGGCGUGCUCUACUACGAUGGCUGGGGCGGUCUCCCUCGGGACCUUGCAAAGGCGAAGGAGUGGUUUAAUAAGGCAGCCGAUAUAGGACAUUAUGAGGCCAAGGACUAUCUCAGGUCAUGCGUGGUGGUCAACGCGUAA